ACCGAUAAGCAUGUGGUGACCGGUCUGUGGAGGUAUGACUACGACGGGCCGGUGCUGUCGUGUAGACUGUUUACGGAUCAGUCGGCGUCCGUAUUAAGAGAUAAUGAGUUCAAACGCAAACUCCGAGCCGCUAUGGAUGCGCCGGACGUGGUGGUGGACACCAGUGUUCACCUGUUGGUCACCAAUUCCAUCGAGUCAUCCGUGGUAUACAGAGAUGUCUUAGCGAACGGUCUGAAUAAGAGACUGGUUUUGCCGGCGAGUAAGCGGUGCGACGCCACCGUCACCUCAUGCGUGGCCGACAUCGAUAUGGACGCCACCAAUGAGAUAGCGAUCGGCACUUACGGACACGAAUUAAUUGUUUACAAAUACAAUACGGAAAGCGAUUCAUACGAGUUGUUGUGGGAGAGGCUGUUCGCCCACCCCUUACAGUCGAUCGCAUACAUAGACCUGACGGGUGAUGGCCUCAAAGAGCUCAUUGUGCUGACGGUUAAGGGCUUACAUGUAAUGCAACACCACUUGGAAAAUACGGUCCAAUUGUGUCACAAACGGGUGAAGCGAUUGCUUCAAAGUUUAGCGAUUAGUGAGUAAUUGAUAAUUAAAACGAAAUAAUAAUUAAUUGUAUAAAAAGUGU